AUGACAGCCUCGCCUGCGGAGAAGAAGUAUGACUUUGGUGGUCCACUGGGUGCAGCUGCCAUAACAUUUGGCCUUCCGGUGCUUCUGCUCUUCUUUGCAUUUGGGUGUAAUGAUGUGACUGGCUGUCCGGUGCCGUCACUCUUGUAUCCAAAGAAUUUUACCUGGGAGCAGUUCAAGCUGGAGAGCGGAUGGCCGGCUGGUGGCAUCUGGGACCUUUUCAGCUGGAAGGUUACUGCUGUUAUGCUGGGCUAUUAUCUGGUCAGCUUGAUGCUGUGGAAGGUCCUGCCUGCACAGGAGGUCAAGGGGACGAAGCUCGUUCACCAUGGGAAAGCACUGGACUACCGCUUUAAUGCAUUCUCAUCAAGUAUUGUGCAUUUGGCUGUCUGCGCCGUUGGAACAUACUUCCAGGGCGCCAAUUUCUUCGUCUGGACGUAUAUCACAGACAACUACAUUCAGCUACUCACAGCAAACAUUGUGAUAGCCUAUGCAAUCUCUGUCUAUGUCUAUCUCAACAGCUUCAGCGUGGAUAUCAACUAUCCCAAUAAGGACUUACGCGAGCUGGCUAUCCGUGGAAAUACGGGCAAUACCAUAUAUGACUUCUAUAUCGGCCGCGAGUUGAACCCCCGUGUCACUCUGCCCAUCUUUGGCGAAGUUGACCUCAAGACAUGGCUAGAGAUACGGCCCGGUCUUACCGGCUGGGCCUUACUCGACCUCGCGUUUGUGGCAAAGCAAUACCGCACUUAUGGCCGUCUGUCUGAUAGUAUCGUUUUUACUGCCUUUGUACAGACAUACUAUGCUCUAGACGGCCAGCACAAGGAGCCUAGCGUCUUGACUAUGAUGGACAUUACCACAGACGGACUUGGAUUUAUGCUUACCUUCGGCGACAUUGUUUGGGUUCCUUUCCUAUACUCCACCCAGUGCCGCUAUCUCUCUGUCUAUCCCGUACAUCUUGGUUGGACAGGUGUCGCAAUUGUCAGUGCCGUGUUUGCUCUAGGCCUGUACAUCUUCCGAGCAUCAAACACUCAAAAGAACGUCUUCCGCACACGACCGGACGACCCAAGUGUGGCCGGCCUCUCUUACAUCCAAACAAAGCGAGGAACCAGGCUGUUGACAUCUGGAUGGUGGGGAGUAUCCCGCCAUAUCAACUAUUUUGGUGACUGGUUGCAGGCUUCUCCCUUUAGCUGGCCUACCGGGUUAGCUGGUUACAUGAUCUUGCCGGCCGGGAGUGCUGCUGCGGCUGCACAGGCUUUUACUAUGUUGGAUGGCAGGGAGGUGGUUCAGGGAGAAGCCAAGGGCUGGGGUAUUGUUUUUACGUACUUUUACGUGCUUUACUUUGCUAUCUUACUAAUGCAUCGUGAACGAAGAGAUGACGGGGCAUGCUUUAAGAAGUACGGUGAUGACUGGAAUAGAUACAAGGCUAUUGUCAAAUGGAGGAUUCUACCGUGGGUUUACUAG